UGGGACUCCCUGGGUUCCAGGCGCCCAGGGAAACCCCAGCUGAUUUGUUUGUGGCCGCAGAGGCCAUACGCCCGGGAAGGGAGCCGGGUGACCGCUCCCGCCCCGCUGUACUGCCUGCCGCCCCUGACCCUGCAGCCCGGAGUCGAUGGAGAAUCCAUUUCUACAUAUGGUCACGUGGCUCUUCAAAAUAAUGUCUCAUCAUGUGCCAUGUUGGUGAUGUCACAGGAAGUCAAGAAGUCAAUGUUAGCAGAUAGCCCGCAUAUAGGAAGUCAUAAACCAUAUUUGAGAAGCACUUCCAUCCAAUGCUACUUGUGUUUACUUCUCAACAGUCAUUUUUUAACAGAGGCUGGCAUUCAUGUCUUCAUUUGGGGCUGUAUCAGUGCAGGUCUUCCCAAAACAGAAGCAAACUGGCAGUAUGUAAUAAAUGAUUUGAAAACAGUUGAACAUCUUCUUCAAUCUUCACAUAUAGAUGCCACUUUAUAUACUGAAAGUGAUGCUCAUCCCAAUUGCAAAGUAACAGCGAUGCGGUGCUUUCUCCUGGAGUUACGUGUUAUUUUGCACGAGUCCAAAAAUGCUGCCAUUUAUGAAAUAAUAGAAAAUCUUACCAUGCUAGCAAACAGCAGUUUAUCUUCUAUGGAGAAUAAAACAGAAUUGGGAUGCAAAGAAUGUGAGGAACUGGAGGAAAAAAAUAUCAAAGAAUUUUUGAAGAGUUUUGUACAUAUUGUGCAAAUGUUCAUCAACACUUCUUGAUUGCAGCUGAUCCUUUUCUGCAUUUCUAUUAUUAACAAACAUCUUUCCACGGCUUAGAGGCAACAAAGCACUCAGCAUUUAAAAUGUGCUGCCAAAACAAAUUCUCCUGGCGAAACCAUGCUCAGGAUCUUGGUUGCAAUGGAUUCAUAAAGGUGAAAGUCGAAACAUCACACUGAGACCACGUUAUCUGCCAAGGACAGACUUGUUUUGUUCAUUUAUUUUUAAUUUAUUAUUGAAAUUGUACAUAUUUGUAGCAUAAUGUAAAAUGUUGAAUAAAACGGUGUACAUAUUUUAUCCUUUGAAAUUGCACUGAUAUUUUACAUCUUAUAAGAAAACAGAGGGUGUUUGGUUCAAGGAUGACUGUCAAAUUAUUAAACAAACUGUACUACUUGGUACUACGGCUAUAGGCAUAGAGGGUGCCCCAACCAAUGUGGAAAUUUACUACCAGCCUCCAUUUACUUCUUCUUUAGGUGUAGCACUUGGAGGGAGAAUUGACUACCAACAAGAAAGGAGGAACUAGGUAGAAACCAAUAAUUUCAUUACUGAUAUAUAAAGCCCUUCUUCUUGCUAUUGUUGUUUAGUCGCAAAGUCAUGUCCAACAUUUUUUGCGACCCCAUAGUCUUUAGCCCUAAAACAUGGCAUCCAGUCCCAUCACUUCAUGGCAAAUAGAAGGGGAAAAAGUAUAAGCAGUGACAGAUUUUAUAUUCUUGGACUCCAAAAUCACUCCAGACAGUGACUGCAGCCAUGAAAUUAAAAGACGCUUGCUCCUUGGAAGAAAAGCUAUGACCAACCUAGACAGCGUAUUAAAAAGCAGAGAUAUCACUUUGCCAACAAAGGUCCAUAGAGUCAAAGCUAUGGUUUUUCUAGUAGUCAUGUAUGGAUGUGAGAGUUGGACCAUAAAGAAGUCUGAUCACCGAAGAAUUGAUGCUUUCAAAUUGUUGUGAUAGAGAAAACUCUUGAGAGUGCUUUCAACAGCAAGGAGAUCAAACCAGUCAAUCCUAUAGGAAAUCAACCCUGAAUAUUCAUUGGAAGGACUGAUGCUAAAGCUGAAGUUCCAGUACUUUGACCACCUGAUGCGAAGAGCUAACUAUUUGGAAAAGACCUUGAUGCUGGGAAGGAUUGAAGGCAAAAGGAGAAGAGGGCAGCAGGGGACGAGGUGGUCAGAUAGCAUCAUCAACUCAAUGGACAUGAAUUUGAGCAAACUUCAGGAGAUGGUGAGGGAUAAGGAAGCCUAGCGUGCUGCAAUUCAUGAAGUUGCAAAGAGUCAGACAUGACUUAGCAUCUGAACAACAACAGAAUGUAGCCUGCCAGUUUCCUCUGUCCAGGGGAUUUUCCAGGCAAGAAUACUGGAGUGAGCUGCCAAUUCCUUCUCUAGGGGAUCUUCCUGACCCAGGGAUUGAACCUGCAUCUGCUGCACUGCAGGUGGGUUCUUUACCACUGGGCCACCAGUAAAGCUCUUAUUAUGAGAGAGCUUGCAAGUGCUUGGCGUGAAACAUGCAUCAGUCCAUCUAUUAUAAACCUUUACUGUGGCUAUAAUAAACAUUUACUGAUAGGUGAAAUUGUGUAUCAAAAGCUAAUGGUUGCAACAAUGUUUAUAUUUCAUUCUUCCCUCAUGUACAAGUAUUUUACUUUCCUACAUUGUUUUUGUCAUGUUCCUAUAAUAAAAAGCUGCUGAUGAGA